AUGGGUGGCGCGUUUUCAGGUCGAAAAAAACGAAAAGAAGAUGAAUUUCUAAAUGAAGCUAUGCCAAAAGUGACUACACAAGUGACAACUGUAGAGAACGAAAAACUUGAUACGGAUAGCGACCGUAUCACUGGGAAGAAGACCGACUGCCUGAAAACACACGAGAUGAUUUCUGGAACGUACAUAGAUAUGAAGAUAUGGCAGAACUUCGUGCCUCCUCCAAGGCCGUGA